CCGCCUGGACGCGCCCUCCCCGCGCCGGGCCCGCCCCGGCCAGCCGCAUCCCGGCUUCCCGUGGCCCCAACUGUCACCGGUGUUGGAGAUGGGGAUGCAAGUGCUUGGUCCUUUAUCCACGACAGAAAAACGAAAGUGGGGACUCUGAGCAUUCUCAACCUCGCCUAUCUUAUCUCUGACUAGGCCUCCCCAGAAUGCAAUGGCGCAGCCCCCCCGGCUGAGCCGCUCUGGGGCCCCCUCUCUCUGGGACCCAGCUUCUACUGGUCCCACCUCAGGCCCCAGACCUCGACUUUGGGAGGGUCAAGAUGUGUUGGCCAGAUGGACUGAUGGACUGUUGUACUUGGGCACCAUCAAGAAGGUGGACAGUGCUCGGGAGGUGUGUCUGGUCCAGUUUGAGGAUGACUCCCAGUUUCUGGUACUAUGGAAAGACAUUAGCCCUGCCGCCCUCCCCGGGGAGGAGCUCCUCUGCUGUGUCUGUCGCUCUGAGACUGUGGUCCCUGGGAACCGCCUGGUCAGCUGUGAGAAGUGUCGACACGCAUAUCAUCAGGACUGCCAUGUUCCCAGGGCCCCAGCCCCUGGAGAAGGAGAGGGCACAUCCUGGGUCUGCCGCCAGUGUGUCUUUGCAAUUGCCACCAAGAGGGGCGGUGCACUGAAGAAGGGUCCCUAUGCUCGGGCCAUGCUGGGUAUGAAGCUGUCUCUGCCCUAUGGACUAAAGGGAUUGGACUGGGACGCUGCACAUCUGAGCAACCGACAGCAGAGUUACUGUUACUGUGGUGGCCCUGGGGAGUGGAACCUGAAAAUGCUGCAGUGCCAGAGCUGCCUGCAGUGGUUCCAUGAGGCCUGCACCCAGUGUCUGAGCAAGCCCCUCCUCUACGGGGACAGGUUCUAUGAGUUUGAGUGCUGUGUGUGCCGGGGUGGCCCUGAGAAGGUCCGGAGGCUACAGCUUCGCUGGGUGGACGUGGCCCAUCUUGUCCUCUACCACCUCAGUGUUUGCUGUAAGAAAAAAUACUUUGAUUUUGACCGAGAGAUCCUCCCCUUCACCUCUGAGAAUUGGGACAGUCUACUCCUGGGGGAGCUUUCAGACACCCCCAAGGGAGAACGUUCUUCCAAGCUCCUCUCUGCCCUUAAUAGUCACAAGGACCGUUUCAUUUCAGGGAGGGAGAUCAAGAAGCGGAAGUGUCUCUUUGGUCUCCAUGCUCGGACCCCUCCUCCUGUGGAGCCUCUCACAGGAGAUGGAGCCCCCACCAGGUCACUGGUCCAGAGGGGAUGGGGGAAGAGUCUCGGCUUCCCUUCAGGGCAGGGCCCUGGGGGAGGGGUCUCACGUCCCCUGGGGAAGCGCCGGAGGCCGGAGCCAGAGCCCCUGAGGAGGAGGAAGAAGGGGAAAGUGGAGGAGCUGGGGCCACCCUCAGCAGUGCACAAUCAGCCGGAGUCCCGGGAGCAGAGACAGAGGGCACGUCUGCAGAGGGCACUGCAGGCCUCAGUGUCUCCAUCACCCCCCAGCCCUAACCAGAGUUACCAGGGCAGCAGCGGCUACAACUUCCGGCCCACAGAUGCCCGCUGCCUGCCCAGCAGCCCCAUCCGGAUGUUCGCUUCCUUCCACCCUUCUGCCAGCACUGCAGGGACCUCUGGGGACAAUGAACCCCCAGACAGGUCACCCCUGGAACUUCACAUUGGCUUCCCCACAGACAUCCCUAAGAGCUCCUCCCACUCGAUGACUGCCUCAUCUUCCUCAGUCCCAGCCUCUACCCCAGGCCUUCCCAGACGUUCAGUUCCCCCUUCUCCCCUGUGCCGUAGUUUGUCUCCUGGGACUGGGGGAGGAGUUCGAGGUGGGGUUGGCUACCUAUCCCGAGGGGACCCUGUCCGGGUUCUUGCUCGAAGAGUGCGGCCUGAUGGCUCUGUGCAGUACCUGGUUGAAUGGGGAGGAGGGGGCAUAUUCUGAACAGCCUGCUCGGCCCACUUCCCCAUUCCCCACACACUGGCACUUUCGUACCCUGACCUCUGACCUCACCUACAGCUGGGAUGUACCUGGAGCGCUAGGGAAUGUGCCCUGCUGUCCAGGCUGGAAUCCAGGAGUGGGGACGAGUCUUCUCUGCCCUCUUCAUGAUUCCUGACCCCCUCAUCCUUCUCAUUUCCUUUGAUGUUAUUUUGUUACAGCUUUUUAAAUAUUUUUUAAGAUUAUUUAACCCUUGGGUGCAGAGAUUGAGGAGGGAGGGGUGAUAGGGGAUCCCAGACUAUAUGACUGUAAUAAAGAGAAAUAAACAGACCUAGUAGCCCUGAGUUAUUCU